CUCUAGGGGAGGUUGAGGAUACAGCAGCUGCUGUAAGUGUUCCCGUUUCGCCGGGGAGGUCAUUGAAGAAGGAGAGGACCGAGGCCUUGAGCGCUCCCUCUGCAGCCAUGCUCCGCCUGUGCCUGAGGCUCCGCGGCCCUCUCCGCUCCGCUCUGCCGGCCCGGGGACAUGGGAACCAAGUGGGGCGGCUCCGGCGGUACCACAUGGGCGCAGGCAGCCGGCUCCAGGCUCUGAAGGGGGCUCCGGCCAGGCUCUGUGCCGCCCGGGGGCCAGGAUGUGAGAUCGGGCGGAGGUGGUACAGUCUGCCCCCCCAUCAGAAGGUGCUUUUGCCCGCUCUAUCUCCCACAAUGCAGAUGGGGACCAUUGCCCGAUGGGAAAAGAAAGAAGGUGACAAAAUAAACGAAGGGGAUCUCAUAGCAGAGGUAGAGACCGACAAGGCCACAGUAGGAUUUGAGAGUAUGGAGGAGUCUUACAUGGCAAAAAUCUUGGUGCCAGAAGGGACUAGAGAUGUUCCUAUUGGUUCUUUAAUCUGCAUCACAGUAGACAAGCCAGAACUUAUUGAUGCCUUUAAGAACUUUACCUUGGAUUCUGCAGCUGCUGCUUCUCCUGCAGCCCCAGCAACCCCUCCACCUGCACAACAAGCUUCCGCACCUGCUCAAUCCCCUGGCAGCUCCUAUCCCACUCACAUGAAGAUCAUGUUACCUGCACUUUCCCCAACAAUGACAAUGGGCACAGUACAAAAAUGGGAAAAGAAGGUUGGAGAGAAGCUCAGCGAGGGAGAUCUUUUAGCAGAGAUUGAAACGGACAAAGCAACCAUAGGUUUUGAAGUGCAAGAAGAAGGGUAUUUGGCUAAGAUCCUGGUAUCUGAGGGCACUCGGGAUGUACCUCUUGGGACACCCCUUUGUAUAAUAGUGGAGAAGGAGUCCGAUGUUGGAAGCUUUGCAGAUUACAAGGAGACAGCUGGAGCAGUGGAUGUUAAACCCCAGCCUGCUCCGGCUUCAGGACUGCCACCAGCUCCGCCAGUAUUUCACCCUCCACCUCCUGCUCCAUCUGCACCAGCUCAUACUGCAGCCAAGGGGAGAGUGUUUACCAGUCCUUUGGCUAAAAAGUUGGCAACUGAACGAGGCAUAGAUCUUACCCAAGUGAGAGGUUCUGGGCCGGACGGAAGAAUUACAAAGAAAGAUAUUGAAUCUUUUGUUCCUCCCAAGGCUGUUCCUGCUCCGGCUGCAGCUGCCCCAGCUCCGGCAGCCGCAUCUCCAGCUGUGGCGGCUGUACCUACUGGAGUUUUUACAGAUAUCCCCAUUAGCAAUAUUAGGAAGGUGAUUGCCCAGCGCCUCAUGCAGUCCAAACAGACGAUACCUCAUUACUAUCUCUCCAUCGACAUCAACAUGGGAGAAAUACUAACGUUAAGGAAAGAGUUAAACGAGGUUGUGAAGUCUGACAAUAUUAAGCUCUCGGUCAAUGAUUUCAUUAUUAAGGCUUCAGCUUUAUCAUGUCUGAAAGUGCCUGAAGCAAACUCGUCCUGGAUGGACACUGUUAUUAGACAAAACCAUGUGGUGGACGUCAGUGUGGCAGUCAGCACCCCAGCCGGGCUCAUAACCCCUAUAGUCUUCAAUGCGCACAUAAAGGGCCUUGUAUCAAUCAGCAAAGAUGUGGGGUCCUUAGCUACACGUGCACGAGAGGGCAAACUAAAGCCCCAUGAGUUUCAGGGUGGAACUUUCACUGUCUCCAACCUCGGUAUGUAUGGAAUCAAGAACUUCUCGGCUAUCAUAAACCCACCUCAGGCGUGUAUCCUCGCUGUGGGAGGGUCGGAGAACAGACUAAUACCAGCAGACAAUGAGAGAGGGUUUGAUGUUGCCAAUAUGAUGUCGGUCACAUUGAGCUGUGAUCACCGUGUGGUGGACGGAGCAGUCGGUGCUCAGUGGUUGGCUGAAUUCAAAAAGUUCCUGGAGAAGCCGACCACCAUGCUGCUCUAGAUCACUGGAACGUCUCUUCCUUGGGUCUUCUACGCUGCUCAUACAACUAUUUAUAUACUCUCUCAGAACACUCACAGUAAACAUGCAUAACUUUUUUAUUUAAACGAACAAAUGGGGGGGGAAAAGAAAACCCUAGUGAUGUGGCUCUUUUUAUUCCUCAGUCUGAACAAAUCACCAGUACUCCACUCCUGUAAUGGGUUAUGAGAACUGUGCGGUGUAAAGGUCAUCCGUGUCCUAAAUGUCUUCUUACAGAGGUCAAUGUUUCCUGAAAUGGUUUUAAAUCAAAUCCUAGCUGUCGAGUACUUCAGCUUCUGAAUAUAUACAUGAGGUCUGCAUAUUUUGUUAAUGGAUGGAUGAAUAAAUGUCUGUUUAGACAAUA